GCACAGCGCUGGGAGGGAGCUGUGCCGGGCUCUUCACAGCCCCGUUGACCAUGGGGAGCCGUGCUGUCACCCUGUUCCUCGCCCUGGUCCUCGUAGUGUGUGUCACCUCUGCGGAGAGGAAGUGCCUCCUCUCUGGGACCUGGCGGAGUGACACUGGCUGCCGGAUGGUCGUGUCUGUCCUCAGCAAGGAUGGCAGGUUCUCUGGUUCGUACCUGCCAGGCCCAGCGGCUGGUGGCCCCGAAAUCCUCACCUCAGAUCUGGAGGGGACCCAGCAGGACACAGAGUUAUUCCCACAGCCCACUUUCUCCUUCACUGUGCACUGGCAGCUCCAAGAAUCAGAGACAGCCCGGACGACUGCCUUCCUUGGACAGUGCUACGUGGGCACCAAUGGAAAGGAGACCUUGCAUGCCCUGUGGCUCAUGCGAGAGGCAGCUGACAGCCCCACCGAGGACUGGAAAGCCACACGGAUUGGCACCAGCAUUUUCACCCGGAUAAAUUAAGAGCAAUCGAAGAAAUCCAGCAGGCACAGGACAGCAAAGAGAUGGCACCUCCCCCAGACAGACCUUGGCCAUGCUGAUGUGCUGCAUUUCAGAAGCUCUCAGCCCACAGGUUCAUGUUCUCCCAGGCAAGUUUAGCUCAGUGUGGACAAUGGGCAUCAGGUGUGAAAUAAAGGGUUUG